UGCCUUACUCCAUCAUCACAUCCCUGAACGUGAGCAGUGUAGCUGAGGAGCACUUCUUUAAAACCCGACACUUCUGUGGAGUUGCUUCCCCUGCGCGUCUGAGAGUCGGAGGAAGGGGAGAAGCAUUCCCCAGAAUCUCUUUUAACGAUGGAGACCCGUCUGGUUGUAUUCCCUGGCGCUCACUUUACUCUUUCUACCUGGCUAAUUCUUUCCUUCUUGUGUGUUUUUCCAAAUAUAAAGGCAGAAAUAAGUUGCGCGCCAUGUAUGUCGCCAAUGCAAAUGAAUUACGCAGGGGAUGAGCAUCUGCGUGACCCGCCUGAUUCUGGGAAAUAUCCGAGACAGGAUCAAAAGAAACCCAAGCUGAUCACAGUUCUUUACCCGAAUGUUGGAGUACCCACUGAAUUAGAGGUGGAUGGUUUUCCAGGGAUCGCGCCGAAACUGAUAAGAAACGCAGAGGGGAUACACUCACGUGCGCCUUUGGAGAACUUCACAGAGUCCGCUUUAGAUGAAGAAUUGUUUUCGGAUGAAUAUGUGAAAAGUGAAUCCGAAUUGGAAUCCGAGGACGUCGCAUUCGGGAGAGCCAAAAGAAGCGUGCCUGAGUUUCUGGAGAGCGCGCGGAGCGCUGAUGCUCGCUCGGAGGAGCAGAGAAAAUCCUCCGGUCUGCGGAUGGAUGGACAGAGUAAACGCGCCGAAGUUCGCUGGAACAAGGAUGAUGAGCAUGAUGGCAGAGAAUCGGAUUCCAGACCAGACGAACCCAAACUGACCAGCAGCACUUUUGCUCUGGCUGGAGACUCCGCACACAACCACGCAGUCGUGUACUGGACUGGAAAAAACAGCAGUGUGAUUCUGAUUCUCACCAAGCUGUAUGAUUUUCACCUUGGCAGUGUAACGGAAACCACUUUAUGGAGAUCAACCGAUUAUGGCAGCACUUAUGAGAGGCUGAAUGAUAAAGUGGGAUUCAAGACGGUUUUGAGUUACCUCUAUGUCUGCCCUACCAACAAGAGAAAGAUAAUGGUGCUGACUGACCCAGAGUUUGAAAGCAGUGUUCUCAUCAGCUCAGAUGAAGGUGCCAGUUAUCAGAAGUACCGCUUGAACUUCUUCGUCUUAAGUCUUCUUUUCCAUCACACACAAGAGGACUGGGCUUUGGCUUACAGUCACGAUCAAAAGUUGUAUAGCUCAUUUGACUUUGGCCGAAAGUGGCAGCUAGUUCACGAGCGAGUGACUCCAAACCGCUUCUACUGGUCAGUAACCAGUCUGGACAAGGAGUUAGAUCUGGUGCACAUGGAGGCCCACACUCCUGAUGGCCAUUGUCAGUAUGUGACAUGCAGAGCUCAAGCCUGCUCGGAAUCCAGUAGGACAUAUCCAUUUUCUGGUUAUAUUGAGACCAACUCACUCGUGGUUCAAGAUGAAUAUGUGUUUGUUCAGGUGACGACUACUGGCAGAGCAAGCUACUAUGUAUCCUAUCAAAGAGAACCUUUUGUACGCAUUAAAAUCCCCAAAUACUCCCUGCCCAAGGACAUGCAUAUCGUGAGCACAGAUCAAGGUCAGGUUUUCACCGCUGUCCAGGAGUGGAACCAGAACGAUACCUACAACCUGUACAUAUCUGACACGCGUGGGGUAUACUUCACCUUGGCCCUGGAAAACGUCAGGACCAGCCGUGGCCUUGGAGGCAACAGCAUGAUCGACCUUUACGAGGUAGCAGGGAUUGAAGGUAUGCUCCUCGCUAACAGGAAGGUGGAGAACCAGGUGAAGACGUACAUUACUUAUAACAAGGGCAGAGACUGGAGGCUUUUGCAGGCGCCCCCUACUGACCUGGCAGGAAAUCCCAUUCAUUGUGUGCUGCCGUUUUGCUCGCUGCAUCUACAACUGCAGAUGUCAGAGAACCCGUACCUCUCAGGCUCCAUCUCCACUAAGAGCUCAGCGCCGGGAGUCAUCGUGGCUACAGGAAAUAUUGGCUCUGAGCUGUCUUACAAUAAUGUGGCGAUGUUCAUUUCAUCAGAUGCAGGCAAUAACUGGAGACAGAUCUUUGAGGAAGAGCACAACGUGUGGUUUUUGGACAAAGGUGGAGCUUUGGUUGCCGUGAAGCAGCCCACUGUGCCCACUAGACAUCUUUGGAUCAGCUUUGAUGAGGGUCGUCAGUGGACGCGUCACAGUUUCUCAGCCAUGCCGCUGUUUGUGGAUGGUGUUCUGGUGGAGGCAGGUGCAGAAAAUCAGAUCAUGACGUUUUUCGGACACUUCAGUCAUCGUUCUGAAUGGCAGCUUAUUAAAAUUGACUACAAGGCCAUAUACACCAGAAGGUGCACAGAGGGAGACUACCAAACUUGGCACCUGCAUAACCAGGGUGAGCCAUGUAUAAUGGGUCAAAAGCAGAUAUACAUGAAACGUCGUCCCGGAAACUACUGCAUGGUGGGAUGGGACAACUCCAGGAUCUUGUCUGCAGAACCCUGCAUCUGCAGAGCACACGACUUUGAAUGUGAUUAUGGUUUUGAGAGAAGAGGGAUUGGAAACUGUCUGCCUGCAUUUUGGUUCAACCCUUCUACAUUGUCUCGAAGCUGUAGCCAAGGACAAAACUACCUCAACAGCACUGGGUAUCGUAAAGUGGUUGCGAAUAACUGCACGAAAGGAGUGAAGGAGAUGUACACAGCCAGGAAACAGCAGUGUCCGUACCGCCCCCCAAGAGGUUUAGUUCUGACGACCCGUGACGAUAAACUCACAGCCAACAUGGGCAGCAAUGUGACCUUCCUGGUGCGGCUCGAGGAGGGCGACUCUAUGAGGACAAACAUUCAGCUGGAUUUUGGAGACGGUACGGCUGUGUCCUACUCCAACCUGAGCUGGACGCAGGAGGGCAUCAGACACGUGUACCACAGUGCUGGGAUCUUUAGAGUAACAGCGCAGGCGGAGAACAACCUCGGGUUCGACACCUCAUCCCUCUACCUGCAUGUGACAUGCCCUGUAGAGCAUAUUCAGCUGCUGGCUCCAUAUGUGGUCAUUAAGAAUAAGGAGGUGAACUUGACGGCAGUGGUCUGGCCUUCUCAUUUCAGAACGCUCACCUAUUUCUGGUGGCUGGGGAACAACACGGAGCCCAUAAUUACGUUGGACAGCAGUGUUUCCCACACGUUCGGCACUGAGGGCAUGAUCACCGUCACUGUUCAGAUCUCGUCAGGAGACUCUAUACUACAGGACACCAGAAGCAUCACCAUACAAGAAUUCUUCAAAUCGCUUCUUUUAUCUUUCUCUCCGAAUCUGGACGAGGCCAACCCUGACAUCCCGGAGUGGAGACAGGAUGUGGGUCGGGUAAUUAAGAAGGCUGUUCUCCAAGUUGCUGACAUUCCAGAAGAGCAGCUGCUGGUGGCCGUGUUUCCAGGCAUUCCGACUGGCGCCGAACUCUUCCUGCUUCCUCCUCCUAGGAACCAAUCGGAUGGCAGGAAACAGACCGAGGAGGAUCUGGAGCAGAUCUCAGAAAUCCUGGUUAAUGCACUGACUCAGGUCUCUGUGGAGUUCGAGUUGAAACCUGGCUCCCGGGUCAUCGUUUACAUCACGCAAUUAACUUUAGCUCCACUGGUUGACUCCAUCCCGAGACACAGCAGUUCUGCUAUGCUGAUGCUUCUGUCUGUGGUGUUUUUGGGUUUAGCUGUAUUUCUUAUCUACAAAUUUAAGAGAAAAAUCCCCUGGAUUAACAUCUACGCGGAGGUGAACCAUGAGAAAGAGCAGGAGAUGAUCAGUACGGUGGGCCAGAAUGACGCCACACCAAAAAUCAGUGAGUUCUCCACCCAGAAAGAACUGAUGGAGAAAGAGCUGGAGGCCCGUGCCAAACGCGGUGUGAUCAACACCUGUGAAAGCACAAGGGAGAUCCCGAACUGCACGAGUGUCUGAAAACUUCAGGAAAGAAGCUGGAGGCAUAUUGUAAUAAUGUGUACAGAGGUAUCACAAUUUUAAAGGUUGACAGUUUUCCUUUUUUGCUCUUUUUGUAAUUUCAAAACACUGUCAUUGUUAAUAGUUUUCUAAGGAGUUCGGAUGUGCAUGGGUGUCUUGUUUGUUAUGAUCUGUGUGGGAUAUAAGGAUCGACUUAAACUGUACAAGUUGCUGAAAACAUUUUUUGGUUGAGAAAUGAGGAAAAUUUGCCAACAUUUGAAAUUCCAAAAGUUUUGUUCUGAAUAUUACAGAGCAAUGAGCAUAGUGGAAAAUUGGGAGGAAAGCCACUACAUCGGGUUUUCCCAGUGCAUUUCCUUUGAAUGUUAUUGAAUUUGUUAGCCUGGGUCAGAUGGGUUUUUCCAGAUUGACAUUGUGGGGGAAAAAAGUGACUUUUAGUAUCAAACAAUUGUGAUUUUUUUGGGGUCAGAACUUAUUUAUGCCAAGUUGGUUUAACUGUUCAAACUAAUUUUUCACACAUUGUGAAGAGUACAUUUAGUGUCUAUAUUCAUUUUGGGGUUUUUAAUCUCUUCAGUAGGUCAUGUCAUUUUUAUAUUUGUUAUAACUGAGGGAACAAAAUUGCAGCUGAAGCAUGCAAACAAGCCAACAAUGUUUAUAUACCCCUCUAUAUUACAGCUUUGCCUUCAUGUGAGCAAUUCUACACUGCGAUCUUCUAAAUUGGUGGUUUUUGAAACAUUUCAACUUUUAAUUACACAUUUCUCUUGCCUAUCUAGCCUUCACAUAAAGGUGAAGAGAUGUGGACUCAAAUGUGAACUUUUCAGUCCAGAUGUGAGAUUCCUUUCCAAAAGCACUGUGAUAAAAUGUCAAUUUGGAGGCAAGCUUUUUGUACAGUACCUCUACAAAGCAGGAAUAUAACUAUUAAGAAUCACGUCUCUAUAGCAAAGCUUUUUUUUGGAGCUCAAAUUUAGUUAAAAGUCCAUGAAAUAUCAAACGUUGAGAAUGUUUUGUGGAAUAAAUCUCUUGAUAUACAACCAUAGACACAAAAGAGCUUGAUAUUUUUCUGGAAAAUGUUAUAAAUCUAACAUGCCUUCAGAUAAAUGUAAUUUCUUGUAAGCUCCUCAUAUAUACUGUCCAUGUGUAUUCCACAAGUUUUUUUUUUUUUUUUUUUUUUU